AUGGUCAGAGCACCACCCAUCAUCGAUUUCGGGGCAUUCUACACGAACGAUCCACUGAAAAAAAGCGACUUGGUUAACCAGGUCCGUCAAGCCUGUCAGGAUCAUGGCUUUUUCCAGAUUGUGAAUCACGGCAUCCCAGUUGAUAUCCUGGAGGCUAUCUUUCAGCAAACAUGCGAUCUCUUUAGUUUACCGCUGGACGUGAAGGAAAGAUACAGUAAAGUUUACCAAUCAUUUCUGUCCAUAUUGCGUAAAGUACCCGGCAUGACGUACGCUGAUACCUUGACUAUAGAUAUAGGAACAAAUAACAGAGGAUACGAACAUCUCCGAGCCCAGAACUUCGAGAAACGCGGACCAGGCGACUUGAAAGAGGGAUUCUUCAUCGGUAAAGACAUACCUCCCGACCAUCCGUCCGUGCUGGCCGGGAAAUUCUCCCAGGGUCCAAACAAGUACCCCCAAGAGAUCCGCGAUCCCGACUUAUUUCGUAGUGUAGUUGACCGCUACCAUGCGAUUAUGAGCGAUCUUGCACGAGGGAUACUAAAGGUAUUGGCGCAGACUCUAGGGCUCCCGGAAACCUGGUUUGAUGGUUUCUGUCAUGAGCCGGUGGCGACUCUGAGGCUAUUGUGGUACCCAGCCCAAGAAGUGACCGCGUCGAGCCACGAGCGAGGGAUUGGCGCCCACACCAACUUUGGGGCGGUUACGAUCCUACUCCAGGAUAAUAACGGAGGGCUGCAGGUCUGGGACCGCGAGUCUUCCGAGUGGGCAGACGUAGUCCCUAUGCCAGGAGCAUUGGUAGUUAAUCUGCGGAAUAUGAUGAUGCGCUGGACAAAUGAUCGAUAUCUGUCCAAUCUGCAUCGGGUCAUUAAUCGCAGCGGAAGGGUCCGAUAUAGCGUGCCAUUUUUCUUCUCCGGGAAUCCCGACUUCAUUGUUGAAUGCAUCCCGAGUUGUUACGACGAGAUAAAUAAGGCCAAGUAUCCGCCCAUAACGGUACAAGAAUGGAUGAGAGGCCGAUACGCCGACACGUACGGGAGAUCACAGGAAAAGGCGAUGGAAGAGUUGUCCUCGGAGGCGACGGCGGCUCUCGGCUGA